GUCUAUUUUUCCACGGAGGAGUGGGAGUAUGUAGAAGGACAUAAGGAUCUCUAUAAGGACGUAAUGAUGGAGAAUCACCAGACCCUCAGCUCAUCGGGUUUAUCAGUUGGCAGAAAUAGACCUGACGCAUUUCACUCUGUUCCUUCCCGAGAGCUUAUAUCUAAAGAGACCACAACCAGCACUUACUGUAAAGAAAAAUGCCAGAGGAAAAUGAAACCAAGGAAGACUUGGUCUGUGAAAAAAGAGGAAGAGGAGCCAUUAUCUUGUAAAGAUGUGCAACUUGGAGGUGCAGACAUUGGUAAAUCCACAGAAUGUACACUGGCAGAACGUGUACCUUCUCAGAUUGAUGAGCACUCAGCCUCAUAUGAAAAUGGACAACUCACAGACGAGAUCGUUAUAACACUCCGAGGACAAACACAGGGAGGAUACGCCUCUACACCUAUUAAGGAGGAACCAGUCUUGGGUGAAAGAGGAAAUCCAAAAGACUCUGGUAUUUAUAUGCCCACAAACCAUGCACAUAAGAAAUACACGUGCCCUUCCGUAAGUGAAUCGUCAUUCUCAUGUGAAAAAAGCUCUCCACCAGACAAUGACCUGUAUACACUGACCGAACAUACACUGAUGGGAAAUCAGUCUACCCAUAUUAAAGAAGAAUCCACUGCAAGUACAGGACAACUUAUAGCCACUUAUUAUACACCCUCAGGACAAACGGAGACAAAAUGUUCAUCAACUUAUAUUAGGAAGGAAGCAGCUUCGUGUAAAGAAGGAAGUAUUCCAGAUGCUGACAUUUAUACACCCAUAGAACAUACACAGAUGGAAUAUACACCAACAUAUAUUAAAGAUGAAUCCUCGUCAUGUAAAAUGGGAAAUUUCAUAGAUAAUUAUUUUUGCACACCCACAGAAUAUAUUCAGACAGAAUAUCCAUCUACUCAUAUUAAGGUGGAAUCUGUCUCGUAUGAAGAAGGAAAUCUUGCAGACACUGACCGUUACACGACAGGAUAUACACAGAUCGAAUAUCCACCUAUUAUUGUUACAGCGGAAUCCACUAUCGAGGAAGUAGAGAAUGUGCGUAACAGCCUUUGUCCACCCACAGAAUGUACUCAAGCAGUGGAUGCAUUUGCGAAUUAUGGCGAAUGCAAGUUACGAAUGAGUCAUUCACAGAAGGGAAAUAAAAUCUUGUCAUUAUUGAAGUGUAGCGAGUGCGGAAAAAAAUUUAAUAGUAAAUUUGCCCAUACAUCUCACCAAAAGAAACACACUAUCGAGAGGAUGUAUAACUGUACACAAUGUCACAAAUAUUUUAGUAAUAAUUCAGAUGCUGCGAAAGAGUCAACCUCUCAAAACGAAAAUAUGUUUUCUUGUUCAGUUUGUACAUUGCAAUUCUCUCGUAAAUCAAAUCUUUUUAGACAUUAUAGGCUUCACAUAGGAAAGGAAUUCAUCCCGUGUUCAGAAUGUAGAAAAAGGUUUACUGGCAAGUACAACCUCAUUACUCAUCGUAAAAUCCAGAAAGCAGAGAGUCAAACUAUAUGUUCGGAAUGCGGGAAGUGUUUUGCCCACACCUCACUUCUUAAAGCCCAUCAAAGGAUUCACACUGGUGAGAGACCAUUUCCAUGUUCCUACUGUGGGAAAUGUUUUAACAAAAAGGGCAAUCUUGUUAGACAUGAGAUGAUUCAUACAGGAGAAAAGAAGGUCUCUUGUUCAGAAUGUGGAGAAUGUUUUGCAGACAAAUCGAGGCUUGUCAUACACCAGAUGAUUCACACAGGAGAGAAGCCAUUUUCAUGUUCUGAAUGCGGGAAAUGCUUGUCAAGUAGCUCACAUCUAAUUAAACAUCAGAGGAUCCACACAGGAGAGAAGCCUUUCCCAUGUUCCUAUUGCGGGAAAUGUUUUACAGUCAAAUCAAGUCUUGCUUACCACGAGAGAACUCACACAGGAGAGAAACCAUAUUCAUGUCCUGAAUGCGGGAAACAAUUUACUGAUAAGUCGUGUCUUAUUACACAUGAACGAACUCACACUGGAGAGAAGCCAUUUCCUUGUUCGGAAUGUGGGAAAUGCUUCACUGUGAAAUCAAGUCUUGUCAAACAUCUAAGGAUUCAUACAGGGGAGAAGCCAUUUUCGUGCUCUGUGUGCGGGAAAUGUUUUACCUUAAAAUCAAGUGCUCUUAAACAUGAGUUGAUUCAUACAGAAAAGAAGUUCAGGAAGAGAAGAAAUAACACUGUGCUUGUGCACAAGCUAUCUGAAGCUUGAAUUCUCUCAUAGUGUGUUAUAGUCUGGUAUCUGUUAUGCAUGGAUUUGACUAAUUGCGUGCAUGUGUAUUAAAUAAGUGCCGUUGAGUGUGCUUAAUGGUCUGAAACUUACACUACACCACCAGGUAAAUACUGUAAGUGCAGUUGGAACAAUAUUAAUAAUAAAAAGAGAUCCCGUUGGUGUUACAAUCAAAACACAGUAUAUACAAAUUACAUAUAGAA